AUGGGACUGAUGUGCACCACCUCAAAUGCUACAGCCAACUUUAUGAACGGACUAAAUUUCAUCUUUCUAUGCAUCAUCGCCUUCAUAAUUGGCUGUUCUGGGCAUCACCAGGCAAAUCAUGGUAUAUUCCGUCGACAGGCUGUCACUUUGAAUGAAGUUGACGAUGUAACGUUUCCAUACCAUUCACCACUUCGGUAUCCAUUACAUGAUCCAGUACCUGCACUUAUUUUCGUCUACUCAGAAUCGCAGGAUCCUGAUAUACGAGAUGUGCAUCGUCAUGAAAUUGAGGAUUUGGCUCCAUCACCUACACCUACUCAACCUUUUUAUCCACCAACGUCGCCUCCGCCAUCUUCAUUUCUGAGGCAAGAUACUGAUAUGCAAGGAGCACAUUUUCGUCAAUUUGAAGAAGCAGAUUUCAUGGAGCCAACACCUACCUCACCGUUAUAUCCUCCUCCGUCACCUCCACCUCCUCCAUUUCUGGUGUGGCAGGAUCCUAACGCACAAGGCGCGGAUUUUCAUCAGUUUGGGGAAUCGGAUUCAUCACCAACUCCUUCUGCACCGUUAUAUCCACCGCCGUCAUCUUCUCCUUUGUUGAGGUGA